UCCUCUUAGAGCUCUCUAUUUGAUCUAUUGGCUUCACCACUGUUGCUUGUGGCUGCUGAAGCAAGUUGGUUUUGUUAAUAUGUUAUCUUUAAUUUUAAUGCAGUUCACUGGUCAGGGCUUUUGAUGUUUCGAUGUGCUCUCUGGUUAUGGACCUAUCAUUCCUCCCCAACUAGCUCAUCCAUGGCUUUUGGCAACCCUUCUCUUGGACACCCAUGGACAUGAAGGUAAUCACAAUCUUAAUCCAGCAACAGAACCUUUUGUUAGCGAACUUCGCCCAAGGAACUCCUGCCUUAUUACUCCUCCUUUUUAUGAAAUCAUUAUAAGAUCGUAAUCUCUAUUCAUGUCCCUUUCUUGUUUUUGAGUUGCAAAACAAUAUUUGGGACACUGAAGAGUAUAAUAUGAAUUAUGCGAUCUAAUUUUGAUUAAAAAGCAGUAAGACUGUUAUUCUACUUCUCUUUUCAAGUUUCGCAUUCAGGGGAAGAGAGCUUGGACAGAUAUAUAUGUGUUGAAAAGAAAAACAGUAAAUGUUUGUUGAUCUUCCAGCUAUCAUCAUAAUAUCUUAACCUGCAAAGCUUGUUUCUUUGCUUCUAGAAUCCAGGUUUUUCAUUAGCAAUUAUAAAGUUUGUGUAUUUUAUGUGUGCCACUCUUUGGUACAAGGAGGAUGCUGACUGAUACAUCUUCGCCGCCAGCACUUCUACAUUUGUCCAUCCUGUGACAUGAUAAGAAAUGAAAAAGAGUUGAGCCUGUUAGUGCCAGAGAAAUAAUGCUUUAUUGCAGUGACUUCACAAUGCCAUCAUUCAUAUAGCUAUGGUCUCACAAGAGCUUGCAAAUCGGUCGGCCUCCAGUGUUUUACGCCGAUGCAUUACCUCAGAUAUGGAUGAUCACCAUCGAAUUCAUUGCGGAGAUCUUGGCAGCGCAUUAUAUUACGAUGGAAAGGACCAGAAUGACUUGAUUCAACCGGGCAUGCCAUCUGACUUCCAGUCACCUGGGGACCAAUUUUUCCGGUUGACCGAUAUGCUUCAUAAUCAAAGAUCAGAGGAUUCUGAGUUAGGCCGGAGGCAUUUGAUGAAUUGUCAAGCUGAGAAAGGGAACAGUUUCCAUGGUUUGAUUUAUGGCCAUCAGAAUAGAUUAUCACUAACUCUUGGUUCUCGCCCCAUCUCUGAUGUGCUGUGUCCGAACCAGUAUAAGCAGACAUAUGCAAAUAGUAUAUCUUCAAACUAUACAACUGCUAGAGAAAAUUCAGAAGACCUUCAUCCCCAAAGUGCUAGACAUGCAAGGGAUGACUGCAUGUUCUGUGACUGUGAAAAGACUAGUAGCGGUAAUACCUCAAAUCCUGCUGAUUGUAUGUCAUGCUUGACCAAUGCUUUUCAAAAUUCUUCGUACCUGAAGCCAGCUCAAGAGUUGCUUAAUGAAGUUGUGUGCGUAAGCAACGCAGUGGAGCUAAGUUCAAAUAAGCAAUGGAGGAAACAUAUGACAUCUGGAAUGACUGAUUGGAUUAGUGCCCGAUCUUUUCAAGCACGAGAAGGGAUGAACAAUCUUGAAGCAAACACAAGAUGGACAAAUCACUGCUCAUCAGAGAAGAAACAUGAUGCUCAAGCCAGGAUCACCAAGCUUGCUGCUCUGUUGGAUGAGCUCGAGAGUCGAUAUGAGCAGUAUUUCAGUCGAAUGGACCAAGUGGUGUCAUCAUUUGAGGUCGUAGCAGGCACAGGAGCUGCUGCAUCCUACACUGCCCUCACAAUCCAAGCAAUGUCUCGCCACUUCUCCAACCUCAGGGAUGCGAUAGUCACUCAAAUACAUGCUUCAAGGGAAUCUCAGUUUGAAGACAUACCAAUUUCUCAACAUAAAUUUUCCGAGGAAAACACUGGACAAAAGGGAGAGACUCUACGGCACCUAGGAAUGAUCCAAAUCCGACAAGUUUGGAGACCACUAAGAGGAUUACCAGAAAAUUCAGUUGCAGUCCUUCGAUCUUGGCUUUUUGAACAUUUUCUUCACCCCUAUCCAACCGACAAUGAGAAGAUUAUGCUGGCUUCGAAGACAGGCUUAACCAGAAACCAAAUUUCAAACUGGUUCAUAAAUGCUCGUGUCCGUCUGUGGAAGCCAAUGAUUGAAGAGAUGUACAGAGAGGAGUUUGCAGAGGAUUCUGGGAGUUCAAACCCAUCUUCUUAAAAUAUGACCAUAGUAAGGUUAGCUUGGAAUGUUAUAAGAUAUGAUAUGAUUUGGUUAAUGUUCUUUUUUGUGUAUGUUCCUAUCUGCUAGUCCUUUUUGGAGUUUGUGACUCUUCUUACUUUAUAGAAGCUAAGGUUAUGCAGAAAGAAAGCGAGCUGUUUGUUGUAGCAGUAAA